UUCCCCACCACCUCUAAUUCUACUUUCUCUCUCUCCUUCCAUAUAUACAAGUCUCAUCUCUCUUUGUUUGUGUAUAUAACAAGUUCUAUCUCUCUCUCUGUGCCUUUCCUUCUCGUCGCAGCCUGUGUUUUUAGAGAAACCCUAGAGAGGAGAAAACAUUGGGAGGAGUUGUUGUGUGGAGCCAUCAGAAUUUGUUUUUGAGGGGUUCGAUCUGUGGAUUUUAGCUUUAGAUUCUGCGAAAUCUGAGGUCGGAAAUGUCGUCGCUCAGCAGAGAGUUGGUUUUCUUAAUUCUUCAGUUCCUCGAGGAGGAGAAAUUCAAGGAGUCCGUUCACAAGCUUGAACAAGAAUCGGGCUUUUUCUUUAACAUGAAAUACUUUGAGGAGAAGGUCCACGCUGGUGAAUGGGAUGAAGUCGAGAAGUACUUGUCUGGAUUUACUAAAGUAGAUGACAACAGAUACUCAAUGAAGAUAUUUUUUGAAAUCCGAAAGCAGAAAUAUCUUGAAGCUCUUGAUCGGCAAGACAAAGCGAAGGCUGUUGAGAUCCUGGUGAAUGACUUGAAGGUCUUCUCAACAUUUAAUGAAGAUCUAUACAAGGAAAUUACUCAGUUAUUGACACUUGGCAAUUUCAGGGAGAAUGAGCAGCUUUCCAAAUACGGUGACACUAAGACUGCUCGCAGCAUAAUGUUAAUAGAACUCAAAAAGCUAAUUGAAGCUAAUCCUCUUUUCCGUGAAAAGCUUGGUUUUCCUACUUUGAAGUCAUCUAGAUUGAGAACACUUAUUAACCAAAGUUUGAAUUGGCAGCACCAACUCUGUAAGAAUCCUAGGCCAAAUCCAGAUAUUAAGACUUUAUUCAAUGACCAUACAUGCAGUCCCCCAAAUGGGGCUCUUGCACCUACUCCUGUUAAUCUCCCCACACCUGCAGUUGCAAAGCCUGCUGCAUACACAUCUCUUGGAGCUCAUGGGCCAUUCCCACCUACUGCAGCUGCAGCCAAUGCUAAUGCCUUAGCUGGUUGGAUGGUAAAUGCCGCUGCAUCUUCAUCUGUUCAAGCAGCUGUUGUUACAGCUUCUUCCUUGCCUGUCCCACCCAAUCAAGUUUCAAUUUUAAAGCGCCCAAUUACUCCCCCAGCAACUCUUGGUAUGAUGGUUGAAUACCCAAAUGCUGAUCACGAGCAACUUAUGAAGCGUUUGCGUCCUGCACAGUCAGUUGAAGAGGUCACAUAUCCUACAAUUCGUCAGCAGGCAUCUUGGUCUCUGGAUGAUUUGCCAAGAACUGUGGCCUUUACACUGCAUCAGGGAUCUGCCGUAACAAGCAUGGACUUUCAUCCAUCACACCAAACAUUACUUCUUGUGGGCUGCAAUAGUGGUGAAAUAACUCUUUGGGAAGCCGGAAUAAGAGAGAAGUUAUGUUCAAAGCCAUUCAAGAUUUGGGAGAUGCAAGCUUGCACAUUAACUUUCCAGGCUUCUGCUGCCAAGGAUGCACCAUUUUCUGUGAGCCGCGUUACUUGGAGUCCAGAUGGGAGUUUCUGUGGAGCUGCAUUUUCCAAGCACUUAAUCCAUUUAUAUGCAUAUACGGGGCCAAAUGAUUUACGCCAGCAUUUGGAGAUCGAUGCUCACUCAGGAGGAGUCAAUGACAUUGCUUUUGCUCAUCCAAAUAAGCAACUGUGUGUGGUGACUUGUGGGGAUGACAAGCUUAUAAAGGUGUGGGAUUUGACAGGAAGAAAGCUUUUCAACUUUGAGGGCCAUGAAGCACCUGUUUAUUCAAUUUGCCCUCAUCAGAAAGAGAAUAUUCAGUUUAUUUUCUCAACUGCUGUUGAUGGAAAAAUCAAAGCUUGGCUUUAUGAUAACAUGGGAUCCAGAGUUGACUAUGAUGCUCCUGGGCAUUGGUGUACCACUAUGCUAUAUAGUGCAGAUGGGGGCAGGUUGUUCUCCUGUGGAGCCGGGAAAGAUGGGGACGCUCAUCUGGUCGAGUGGAAUGAAAGUGAAGGGGCAAUAAAAAGAACUUAUACUGGAUUUAGAAAGAAGUGUGGUGGUGUUCUGCAAUUUGAUACUACACAGAAUCAUUUUCUUGCUGUAGGUGAAGAUAGCCAGAUAAAGUUCUGGGACAUGGAUAACAUCAACGUACUUACAACUACGGAUGCAGAUGGUGGUAUUCCGAGUCUUCCACGCUUGAGAUUUAAUAAGGAAGGCAAUCUGCUUGCUGUUACUACUACUGACAAUGGAAUCAAGAUACUAGCGAAUGCUACUGGUAUGAGAUCCUUGAGAACAGUUGAAGCCCCACCUUUUGAGGCAUUAAGAUCUCCUCUGGAAGCUGCAGCUAUUAAGGCUUCAGGAUCUGCUGUUCCAAGUGUCGCUCCUAAAGUGGAAAGAAGCUCUCCUGUUAGGCCAUCUCUCAUCCUUAACGGUGUAGAUUCCAUGGCUAGAAGUGUGGAAAAGCCUAGAGCUUUGGAUGAUGUUAAUGAUAAGAUGAAACCUGUGCAGUUAACUGAAAUCAUGGAUCCUGCUCAUUGCCGCAUGGUCACCAUGCCGGAUAGCGCCGAUGCUACCAACAAGGUUGCUCGGCUCCUUUAUACAAAUUCUGGUGUUGGUAUAUUGGCCCUUGGAUCAAAUGGCAUCCAAAAGCUUUGGAAGUGGGUCCGCAAUGAGCAAAACCCAAGUGGAAAGGCCACUGCCAGUGUUGUUCCUCAACAUUGGCAACCAAACAGUGGUCUUCUUAUGACUAAUGACAUCACAGGCGUUAACCUUGAGGAAGCUGUUCCAUGCAUUGCUCUCUCAAAGAAUGACUCCUAUGUAAUGUCAGCUGCUGGUGGAAAAGUUUCGUUGUUCAAUAUGAUGACAUUCAAAGUGAUGACAACAUUUAUGCCACCACCACCUGCUUCCACUUUCUUGGCGUUCCACCCACAAGAUAACAACAUAAUAGCAAUUGGAAUGGAGGACUCAACCAUCCACAUCUACAAUGUGAGAGUUGAUGAGGUGAAAUCAAAACUGAAAGGCCAUCAGAAGCGCAUUACUGGAUUAGCUUUUUCUACUACCCUAAACAUAUUGGUGUCUUCUGGUGCUGAUGCUCAACUUUGCACAUGGAGCAUUGACACGUGGGAGAAGAGAAAGGCGGUUCCAAUACAACUUCCUGCGGGUAAAGCACCUACUGGUGACACCCGAGUGCAGUUCCACUCGGACCAAGUUCGCUUGCUUGUAGCCCACGAAACUCAGUUAGCAAUAUAUGAUGCUUCCAAGAUGGAACGCGUACGCCAGUGGGUCCCACAAGAUGCCCUUUCUGCUCCUAUAUCCUGUGCAGCAUACUCAUGUAACAGUCAGCUUGUUUUUGCUUCCUUUAUUGAUGGGAACGUUGGAGUAUUUGACGCCGAUACAUUGAGAUUAAGAUGCCGAGUUGCUCCCACUGCAUAUUUGUCCCAAUCAGCAAUAAAUGGAAGCCAAGCUGUAUCUCCGGUGGUGGUGGCAGCUCAUCCUCAGGAAGCAAACCAAUUCGCUGUUGGAUUGACAGAUGGGUCUGUUAAAGUGAUAGAACCGACAGAAUCCGAUGGAAAGUGGGGUGUAUCACCUCCUGCAGACAAUGGAGUACUAAACGGCAGGACUGGUUCAUCGUCCACAGCUAGCAACCAUGCAGCCGAUCAGAUCCAAAGAUGAUUUUUCUUCUUUUUCCUUUGAUUCUACAUUCAUCAUGUGUAUCUUAUUAGUGUAGUUUGUAGGUAUUCAGUCACCCUUGUUAGUAUCCUCAUUAAUUCCAGAAUUGACAUGGUUAGAUAUGAUCAUAUUGUGUGCAA